ACCUGUGGAAACCGUGAUGAGCAGCUCUCCCUCCCGCAGCGGAUAAAAUCAUCACCCCGCUAAAUGGCGCUGUGCGAAGACUUACUGGAGAAGUAGAGAAAGUGUUUUUUUUUUUUUCCUUCCCCUCCAAAACUUUUUGGACGUGUCUGAAGAAAAAGUUUCUCCAGGCUCCAUGAUGUCAGCGCCAACUUUGCUCGUUUUCACCUUUUCUCACUUUUUGGUGCUUCUGGUUGUCUUUAAUCUGCCGCAAGUCUGCGCACAGAAAGCGGCUGGAACACGGUGGCUGAUCGGAGACAGAGACAACCACUGUGGGAUCAUCUGUUCACGGGUACAGGGAAAGCCAGUGUGUGGAUCAGAUGGUCAAAGUUAUGAGAGCAGCUGUGAGCUUCAGAGGGCACGCUGCAAAGAUCGGACACUGACACUGGCACACCGCAGUCGGUGUCGAGGUAAAAAUUGGGGGAGAAUUGGCCAGUCCCCUGCAGCUCUGGCACCGACCUCUUCAUCAGGGGGGAGGGACGUGGAGCUCAAAGUUACAGAUGCCGGUCAGUCGAAGUGUCGUGUUGAGAGGACACAGGCUCUGGAGCAAGCAAGAAGUCCCCAGGAGUCCAUGUUUGUACCACAAUGCAACGAGGAUGGGACAUUUGCUCAGGUCCAGUGCCAUACUUUAACAGGUUACUGCUGGUGUGUCACCACUGAUGGCAAGCCAGUGAGUGGCUCCUCUGUGCACAACAGGACCCCGGUGUGUUCAGGGUCAGUAACCGAUAAACCACCGGGGCCUCCGAACUCUGGUAGAAAAGUCUCUUUCCGUUUCUUUCUCACUCUCAACCCAGAUGACGGCUCUAAACCCACACCCACCAUGGAGACUCAUGUCCCCCCUGAGGGAGAUGAGAUAACUGCUCCAACACUGUGGAUUAAACAGCUGGGAUAUAAGGACAAUAAGCAGAACAGCUCCACCUCCAGGAGGCAAGAGAAAGUUCCUUCUUGUGACCAGGAGCGACAGAGCGCCCUGGAUGAGGCUCGGCAGAACCCACGUGAGGCCAUUUUCAUCCCAGACUGUGGGCCCGGAGGCCUUUACAAAGCAGUUCAGUGCCACCAGUCAACAGGCUACUGCUGGUGUGUUCUGGUGGACACGGGGCGGCCCAUUCCAGGAACCUCUACCAGGUAUCAGACACCGGAGUGUGACAACGCUGCACGGUCUUGGGUCUCAGAUACAGAAGAUCCCUUCCAAGGCAGAGACCUCACAGGCUGCCCAGAGGGGAAGAAAGUGGAAUUCAUUACAAGCUUAUUAGAUGCUCUCACCACAGACAUGGUGCAAGCCAUAAACUCACCAGCUCCCUCUGGUGGUGGGAGGUUUGCUGAACCUGAUCCCAGUCACACCUUAGAGGAGAGAGCGGUGCACUGGUACUUCACUCAGCUGGACAACAAUGGCAGCCAUGAUAUCAACAAGAAGGAGCUUAAGCCAUUCAAGAGGUACCUGAAGAAAAAAGCCAAACCUAAGAAAUGUGCCCGCAAGUUCACUGACUACUGUGACCUAAAUAAGGACCGAGCUAUUUCCCUGCCCGAGAUGAAGGGCUGCCUGGGCAUCAACAAGGAGGGUGGCUCAACCACGAGUGGAAGCCAAGGGAUAAGGCAAGGGACUAAUUUGUUCCUAGGUCGUCUGGUUUGAAAAGACAAGGUUCCAGGAGCUGAGACGAGAGCAGAGGGAGCAGAGGGAAGGCAUCUGUACGCUCGCUGACAGAAAAGAUGGAGCAGAAAAAUUAACACGUUCCUGACUUACAAAUAAAAAAAAAAAUGGGAGCCGUUAAAACAAGAAAAGAAAAUGAAGCAGCGCCAA